AUGGGGUACUUUAGUAACCUUUUACUAUGCAUAUUCUCCACAGCAUUAAUCUUAGCUGCUCAUACCUCCCUAGCCCGGAAAGUCGGUUAUUAUUCCCCUAACCCUCACCAAGACUUCGUCGAUGAACACAACAGAGCUCGGGCAGCAGUUGGUGUCGGUCCGAUCAAAUGGAACGACACUGUAGCAGCCUAUGCUCAGCAGUAUGCCAAUACAAGAGUGAGAGGGUGUGACAUGGAGCACUCAGGAGGGCCUUAUGGUGAGAACUUGGCUGAAGGCUAUGGAGAAAUGACCGGUGCUCAAGCUGUGAAGUUUUGGGUGACUGAGAAACCCAACUAUAACUACGCCUCCAAUAAGUGUGUUGGUGAUGAAUGCGGACAUUAUACUCAGGUGGUUUGGCGCAACUCGAUUCAUCUUGGAUGUGCAAGGGCCAAGUGUGACAAUAAUUGGGUUUUUGUCAUCUGCAGCUAUGAUCCUCCUGGUAACUAUGAGGAUAAACGUCCAUACUAAGAGGAGAAUUUAAGUGAAACCAGUUUAUUGUUGCUGUGACGUCUCAAAUUACUAAUAUAUAUAUGUAAAACUCAAUAACUCAACACGCAAGUGACGAUCGAUAAGCUCAUUCUAUAAAGUCACAACAAUUGGAAACAUUUGAUAAAGCUGAAAUUU